CAUGCCGCCCACCGGUGUCGAGUCCUCCAGGAUGAACAGGAAGAAGGGAGACAAGGGCUUCGAGAACUCACGGCCGUACAAAUUAACCCAUCAGGUCAUCUGUAUCAACAACAUAAACUUCCAGAGAAAAUCUGUUGUGAGUUAAAGGUUCUGAAGAUACAUAUCAAUUUUUCUUUGGAUCAGCCGAAAGGAGGUCUUCUUUUUGUGGUACCCAGUGUAGAGAGAAGUAUGGCAGAGAGAGGUGCUCGUGUCUUCUCUUGUGGAUAUCAAAAUUCUACAAGAUUUUGGUUCCCAUGUGUUGAUUCAUACUCUGAGUUGUGUAGAUGGAAAUUAGAGUUUAAGGUAGAUGCUGCAAUGGUAGCCAUAUCCAAUGGAGAUUUGGUGGAGACAGUGUAUACCCACGACAUGAGGAAGAAGACUUUCCAUUACAUGCUUCCUAUUCCUACAGCAGCAUCCAAUAUCUCCUUGGCCAUUGGACCUUUUGAAAUACUUGUAGACCCAUAUAUGCAUGAGGUUACACAUUUUUGUUUGCCCCAGCUUCUUCCAUUACUCAAAGAUACCACGUCAGACCUUCACAAAGUUUUUUAAUUUUUUGAAGAAAUUUUGGCUUGUCGCUAUCCAUACUCCUGUUUUAAGACUGUCUUCAUCGAUGAGGCUUUUGUUGAGGUGGCUGCUUAUGCGUCUAUGAGUAUUUUCAGCACAAACCUUCUGCACAGUGCCAUGAUUAUAGAUGAGACGCCCCUGACCAGGUGGUGCCUAGCACAGUCGUUAGCGCAGCAGUUCUUUGGAUGUUUCGUAUCCAGAAUGUCUUGCCCCUCAUCUCACCUUCACUUUUCAAUAAGGCAUCCGCAUACACUGUCCUGGGAAUACUACACUAUGUUUCAAUGUAAAGCUCACCUCGUGAUGAGACUGAUUGAAAACAGAAUCAGCAUGGAAUUUAUGCUACAAUGCAAAUUGGAUGCAGUGUCCAGUUGGAAACAGUGUUAUGGACCACUUAAAGUAACAGUGCAAGAGUUAGACGGAUCCUUCAACCACACCUUGCAAAUUGAAGAAAACAGCCUUAAACACAAUAUACCCUGCCACUCUAAAAGCAGAAGGAAUAAGAAGAAAAAAAUCCCACUGAUGAAUGGGGAAGAAAUUGACAUGGAUCUUUCUGCAAUGGACUAAGUUACUUAAAACGCCGAUUCCCCGUUGCUAUGGAUAAGGAUAGACCCGGAUAUGUCAGUCCUGAGGAAGGUGGAAUUUGAGCAGGCUGAUUUUAUGUGGCAGUAUGAGCUCCGCUAUGAAAGAU